AAGCUUGAGCGGGUGAUGCUGUCUCCAGAGGACAGAUCAGAAGUGUCCCCUCCGCAGGACACGGCCGCGCAGGACUGGACACACGGAGCACUACCCGCUUAUUUCUCACAGGCCAUGUCGGCGUGGAGGAACUGUACGUGCUGACAACGUGUGUGUGACACGGAGCCAUUACAGGAGCAUUUCAUCCGUUCAGCGGAGAGCACCGAGGUUUCCCCCAUGGAAGCGGAAUGUCUCGCACUGAGAGACCUCACAAGUCCGAGGAAAGGUUUCACGGUGGUGACGGAGGAGGAUGGAGACCGGGCCGAACAAAAGGAAAACAUCUGCACAGAGAGGAGGAGAUGGUCUCCGCUGAAAUCGCCAGAGUCCACCAUCCCUCCUCUGCUGACCCACAGAAAAGGUGCAGCCGCUGACCUGGCACAAAUCACACCCAUCAAGCACGCCGCCCUGGCCGAGCCCUGGUCCCCCACGGCCAAUCUCAGGAUGCUGAUCAGCGCGGCGAGUCCGGACAUCAGGGACCGAGAGAUGAGGAAGGUGCUGUUCAGGCCCAUAGAGAACGAGAAGGAGAAGCCGGCGAGUCCAGAUACCGUGACGGAGGACACGGAGGUGGAAGACUCUUGUCAAUUUGAAGCUGUGGAUGAAGAGGAUGAGGCCGAGAAAAAGCCGAGCAGGAAGCAGAAGAGUCUGGGUCUUCUGUGCCAAAAGUUCCUGGCCCUCUACCCCGAUUACCCACCUCCUAACAACCCCAUCUGGAUCUCACUGGACGAGGUGGCGACCAGUCUGGGAGUGGAAAGGCGGCGUAUUUAUGACAUCGUCAACGUGCUGGAGUCUCUGACGAUCGUCGGCCGUAUAGCCAAAAACAGCUACACCUGGUAUGGGCGCCAGCAGCUGGAGGCCACGCUGGAGGAGCUGCAGCGGAGGGGCCGGCAGCAGGGCUACCACCUCCAGAUGGAGCUGGCUGCAGAGGCCAGGGAGGCCGGGCCAGGACGCGAGGAUGACGGAGGGGACGUCGGCAACGCUGGUGGCAACAGGAAGGACAAGUCUCUGCGGAUCAUGAGCCAGAAGUUUGUCAUGCUGUUCCUGGUGUCCAAAACUCAGACGGUUACCCUGGACGCAGCAGCAAAGAUCCUGAUUGAGGAGAGUCAAGACUCGUCGAGUCACAGCAAAUACAAAACCAAGGUGCGGCGACUGUACGACAUCGCCAAUGUCCUGACCAGCCUGGGCCUCAUAAAGAAGGUGCAUGUCCGCGAGGAGAGAGGCAGGAAACCGGCCUUCAAGUGGCUCGGCCAGGUUGAAUUCAACAACUCUGGGAAUGCCGGAAAUACUUUCAACGUGGCAGCUGUCACUCCUCACGCCACACAGCCAAUAGCAGGGCAGGACCUCAGAAGAGCCAAGAUGGCACGCCACGCCUCCUUCAACAUCACACCAAGGUCUGUGACCGUUCAACGGCUGGUCAACUCUGCCCCCAGCAGCCCACGACCAGAGCUAACGGGUCUGCCAAAUCAGCCCGUGGAUUAUUCCAGGAAGACUGCAGGCCCCAACGCAGUUUGUCGACUGCAGUUUGGAAGCAGCUCUGAUAACCGUCCCAGUGCGGCAUUGCAGCCUCACUCCCACAGCAGCCUUCAACCUCCGUCCUCCACCCAGUCCACCCGGCUGACACCUUCCCUCCCGCCCGAGUACCACUUCACGUCCACCUCCUCUCCCCGCUGCUUGGCCUACCUGCCCAGCCUGUCGCAGCCGUCGGUGGUGAUGCUGUAUGGGCACCCCAUGCCCGAAGGUCAGAGGUCACCCGGGUUGGAGUCUGAGGAGGGGAGGAAGAGGAGGAAAGAAAGAGAGGAGGAGGAGGAGGCGGCAGUGGUGAAAAAGAAGGGAAUGUCUGGAUUAGAGGAAUGUGACAAGCUGAGAUUUGAACCUCGGAGGGAAGCAGAGGAGCGUUCCACAGGCUCCGGCAGAGCGUCUGAUGAAGGUCUGUGUGACAGCAGCAGCAGCAGUGAGCCCGCCCAGCCGUCACACUACCUCUACGUGCCCAACAAUGCAGGUCUGAACAGCCUCAACUUCUUCCUCUCUGCGGGCCAGAACCAGGCCAGUCUAGCACUUCCUUCCAGCGGUGUUCCCACCCUGGCGCUGCCCUACGUCCUGGUGCCCUCCUCCGCCCUCUCCCACUACCCCCUGGUUGCCGGCGGGCUACAACAGCAAGGCUCGGACAGCCACGCCAAACUUAGCUUCAGUCUACCCGCAGUGAUGUCACCUGGCCACUUUACGCCUUACAGCCUGGCGGCGGCAGCCGCACAGGACAUUAGCUGGUCGCCGGUUCCAUCGCCGUCCACUCCGGAACAAAGCAAGCUGUACGGGUCAGCACUCUGCGCUCCACAUUCACCACAGGGACCCAGGCAGACGGUCAGCAUCAGCACACCAGAACCACUGACUCCUCAUACUCCAAAGGACGCCCCAGCCUCUGCUACCAAGGCCUUCUUCCAGACGCCGGGCACCCUGGGAAGUGUAGUCAGCGCUGUUCCAGCUGCACGAAAAAGAGGCUCAGCACAGAGGAGGCUGGACAUCGGCCACCCACCGACCACUUAAAGAUCUGUAGGUGGCUCGGAUACUAUUGUAACAUCCAGGUCCUGGUUCCUACAAGGGGAAAAAAUGGUUUAAAGCCAUUGGUGCUGUUUUUAGUUAAUUGAUCAAUGAAUUCAGGUUUUCCUUCGGAAGUUUUUAGCAAAAUACUGUGUGAUGAGGCCUAAAAGAGUCCAACAUUUUUUAACGACUACAUUUCUACCAAACUCUUCCACUAUUGGUCGAUAAACAGUUCAAACGUGCCCUGCGGUUCUGGUUCCUUUUGUUGGAAACUUGACUUCAGAGAACAGGUGAAGCAGUAUUGCCAAUGUAACAGUGCCCUCCUGUGGUGGGAGUCAGCCAUUGCUGUAUUUUGUAUUUUCAGACAGUUCUCCCUCUCAGAUGUGAUCAAAUCUAAACAAUCCCCCAUCACUUGUGUAUUAAAGCCCAAUUGCUAUUUAUAAUUUAGCUAAUAUAUGUCGAUUACAGGAACUGUAAUGGAACGAUAACUCUUUUUGUAGCACUAAAUCUUUUGAUGAAUGUACGUGUGUCAUUCUUGAAGCGAUCAUCGUUUAGUUGCCCCCCCCCCCCCUUUCGUGUGCUGCUGCUGCAUUAUCAUGGUGUGACAGGAAGUGUAUCUGCUGCUGGUUCACACUGACCGCAGCAGGCACUCCUCUCUUGGUUCAGUUCAGACAUUACUGUGAGGAGAGAAUCACUAAAGCCUUAAAUGUUUACAGGCAGAAAACUGUUACAGGACAGUUCUUCCACGUCUUGAUGCACAGAGAAUGCUUUGAUCGGGAAGUGAAGCGAUACUGGAGCUGAGGAUUUGCAACCAUAGUGCUUUAUGGUUCAACACCAACCCCUCUAGCUGUGUUACUAAAGGACUGUGACAUGGGACGGUGCUCUCAGGUACUUGAAUACUAGAUAUCAGAGUACUGUAAAGACUUUUAUUUUAAUCCAUUAUUUAUCCAGGGAAAGUCUUUUUUUUAUUUUCCCUAUCAUAUAAUCAAACGCAUUUUAGAAGAUCUCUCCAGCAUGGCCACAAUCUGCUGUUGGCUGGUGCCGUUGGGGUUUAAGUGCCUUGCUUAAAGGCACCUCGCCGAGAGAAGGUUUUGCAGGGAUUUGUGUGGACAAUCCUCUGGGAACAGACCCGCUCACUCGCCUCCGGAACAGUCCAGCCUAAAAAAAAAACCACAAACAAAUAAUGGUGCUUUUGUACGGGAGUCGUUCAGGAGAGCUGAGCUCCGUCAGGCCGAAGGGUGCACAGGGAAUCCACUGGGACUGGUGGACGCGUCGUCUUCGAUGUACAGUUACAUGUCCAUAAUUAUUUCUGUUUUUUAUUCAUGUCAUAAUUUCACAAUGCGGAAUGAUAACUGCUGCUUGAUUGUUUUGAGAAUAAUGAGAAUUGCACUGCUUGUUUGAGUAGGUCCUGUCCUAACUUCACUGCAGCGCCGCCCUGUGGAGGUUUUAACUGCUUCUCUGUUUCUCACUUUCCACAAAUUAAAAAAAGAUACGAUGCCAAAA